AUGGCAUUCUGGGCCCUAACCGGGUAUUUAACUGAGGAGGGCUUUGCAGGGGGCUGGCCCUCAGUCUUUUAUGUGUCAGCUGAGCAGGGUGUAUUUUUAUACGGACUUCGCGGUGGUGGGGACGUGCCCACUGACGCCGAUAUGACAUCCAACUACAUGGGAACGGUAUUUGCGAUCGCUAACUCCAUAGCCUUUACAUGCGGUAUAAUAACCCCAUUGGUGAUCGGGGUAAUAGUGGGCGAUACCAAUGAGCACACCCGUAGGCAAUGGGGUUAUGUUUUCUAUAUGUCGGCCGCACUUAACAUAUUCGGUGGACUCGUAUUCAUUAUUUUCGGGUCAGCUAAACAACAGCCAUGGGAUAUACAACCUGAUAAUGACCGGCACCUGGAGCUAACUUAUGUUCAUCGUUACCCAGCACAGUGCAGACAGAUUAAUAUGCUC